UUCAAAGCGCUUUGCUGGCGAAAUAUUGUAAUCGGCGAAAUCAAUUUGUAUUACGCGUAUUUUCAAAUGUGUAAUUAGGUCAUAUUUACAGACCACAAUGUAUUCAAGUGACGAUUAUAACGAGGGAGGUUACGAAUCCUACGGUGACUAUGAACCUCACACAGGAGAUCCUCAAUAUGAUUUGGAAUAUGAUCGAUCCUAUUACAAAAUGCCUGAAAUGGUCAAGAAGUUUCUUGUUUACUUCCGAAACAUGAUAACAGAAGGGGUAACAUUUGAAAUUUUAAACUUGUAUGAAAAUACCUUCCCUAAGCUCACGGAGCAAUAUUUUGAAAAUUCUCCAUGGCCUGAUGAGAGUGAAGUUGCCCCUAUUGUGGAUAAUGAUCAUAUAUUCAUGAUCCUGUACAAGGAGUUGUACUAUAGGGAUAUCUACUCCAGAGUGGCGGGAGGUCCCAAACCUGAGCAGCGUUUCCAUUCAUUCUACAACUACUGUGACCUGUUCAAUUACAUCUUGUCUGCGGAGACUCCUGUGCCUCUGGAGUUACCUGACCAGUGGCUGUGGGAGCUAGUUGAUGAAUUUGUUUAUCAAUUUCAAUCAUUCGCUCAGUACAGGUCUAGAACCUCAAAAUUAAGUCAAGCUGAGAUUGAAACUCUCAAUACUGAGAACAAAGCGUGGAAUGUUCUAUGCAUUCUUAAUGUUUUACACUCUCUUGUUGACAAGUCUAACAUCAAGAGACAACUUGAGGUUUAUGCAUCCGGUGGUGAUCCUGAUUCAGUGGCGGGAGAAUUUGGCCGCCAUUCCCUGUACAAGAUGUUGGGAUAUUUCUCACUUGUUGGUCUUCUCAGACUUCAUUCCUUGCUCGGAGAUUAUUAUCAAGCAAUCAAGGUGUUGGAGAACAUAGAGCUGCACAAGAAGUCUCAGUACUCGCACGUGCCGGCGUGUCAGAUAUCCACGUCUUAUUACGUAGGGUUUGCGUACAUGAUGAUGCGGCGCUACUCGGACGCGAUCCGCACGCUGUCGGCCGCGCUGCUCUACAUACAGCGCACCAAGCAGCUCUUCUCCGCCCGCUCCUACCAGAAUGACCAGAUCAACAAGCAGACUGACCAGAUGUACCAUCUGCUGGCCAUUUGUCUGGUACUCCACCCGCAGUGUGUCGAUGAGUCUAUACAGCAGGUUCUCCGUGAGAAGAAUUACCAUGAAAAGAUGUACAAGAUGCAGUACGGCGAGAUGAGCGAGUUCGAGAGCUGCUUCACGUUCGCGUGCCCCAAGUUCCUGUCGCCGUGCCCGCCGCCCAUCGAGCCCGGCUCCAACUACAGCCGCGACGCCGUCAAGCAUCAGACGCAGGUCUUCAUGGAUGAGGUCCGUCAACAGAAGAUGCUGCCGACGAUCAGGUCUUACCUGAAACUGUACACGACGCUGCCGCUGGCGAAGCUGGCCGCCUUCAUGUCGGCGGCGCGCGGCAGCGAGCGGGACGCGGCUCGCGAGCACGCCGCGCUCGCCAUACACCUGCUCUGCUUCAAGCACAAGAUGAAGAACGUCGUCUGGACCAAGGGGCCAAGCGGACUCGAUGGGAAGUUCCAGAGCGGAUCUGAGUUGGAUUUCUAUAUUGACAACGACAUGAUCCACAUCGCUGACACCAAGGUGGCUCACCGCUACGGAGACUUCUUCAUCCGCAAGCUGCUCAAGUUUGAAGAGCUGAACCGAAAGUUGCACCAUAUUAAAAUAUAAACACAUCAAUUUUGUAUAAAAACAAACAACAUUAUUUCUAGUACCAGUUUGUAUUUCAAACUCUCGGAGCAUAACGAAUAAAUUGACGAGAUCUUUUAUAAAACUUU